AGUGCAAAUCGAGCGGUUUCUGUCGAUGUUUGCCAAAUUCGCGUGUCCCGGCCGAGCCCAAAACUCCGUUCCCACUAUCGCAGUAACGGCCAGCGGUUGUACGGGCGGUUGUCGGUUUCGUUGUUUUGGCAUCGAGAGCGUGCGGUACCACCCGGGCCAGGGUUAACAUCCUGACAUAUCGUUGUCAGGGAAUGGUUGUUCUGUGCGCUCGAGCAAAGUUUGACCACCGGUUCUGGUGCUGGGUACGGUUUUGUUCGGGGAAAGUUUUCCGGUGGAAGGAGUUGGUGCUUUGAUUGAUGUUGGAUUACUAGUUCGGUGCUGUGUCGGUGCGGUGUAAGUGGAUUGCCGAAUCAGUUCGAUUUGAUGGAAACAAAUUUGGAGGAAAUACUUUAAGCCAAUAAGCAAUUAUCAGCAAGGUGGAUGUGUCUCUUGUGUCGUCACCAGUGUUGGGUUGAAGGGUGAUAGAUUCACUGAAGAUUGUGACAGUGUUUUAACGUAAUACAAGCAACAUUUGCUGAGCGUUGUGGUGAAUUUUUAGCAAAGAGUUGUAUGAUCACUCAAGGUGUAAAAAUGUCUUUAGCUGUUGAUUGCAGUGCUAGUAAGGAAUAUACUUAAGUGUUGUUGAAUUCAAAUGGCGAAGGGCAGCUUCCAGCACAAGGAUCGUUAAGUUAUCAAUUUUAAAUAAGUUAUACUUCAUCGAAGACGUGGCGAAUGCUAGACAUCCCAUAAAGAUAUUCUGUUCGACAACAACAAGUUCGAGUGAAAACAAAGUUCAGAAAAGGCUACAUAAAUGGAAACCAAUCGUUUAAAGCUCACCACUCGCCGAAAUUGGAAUGGUUAAGGUGCAGCAAAGUGAAGUAUGUGGAAGGCUACUGAAAUCACUCAACUAACCAGUUCCAUCCACCGGUGAUAAGACCAGACCGCUGGGUUUGUGUGCAACAAAAAAGUGCAACGAAGCGUGCGCAAGCUUUUAGUUUCUUUCUUUUCGUGAGCUUCAUUUCGUUGUGUGCGAGAGUGAAAAAGUGCGCGCGAGUGUGGAUAAAAUGAAUGACCGUACAGUGCUACCCAAUCGAAGAUAAAAAUGCAGUAUAUCAUCAUAGGUGGAUUAUUCGUACUGGCAAAUCUGCAUUUCAACCAUCACAACGCAAUGGGUGUAGCUAAUCAUCUGCCGGCACCGCAGGAAAACAGAAUCAUCAAAAAAUUUUCACCCCAUCCGUACUUCGACUUCGAUGUGCCUCGGAACAUAACGACCCGCGUCGGCCAGACCGCUUUCAUCAACUGUCGGGUCGAGCAGAUGGGUGACAAAUCGGUCUCCUGGAUCCGGAAACGAGAUCUACACAUCCUGUCAGCAGGAACCGCGGUCUACACGUCGGACGAACGAUUUCAGGUGAUACGUUCCGAUAAGGCAGAAAACUGGACGCUACAAAUAAAGUUCGCCCAGCAGCGGGACUCGGGCAUCUACGAGUGUCAGGUAAACACGGAACCAAAGAUGUCCAUGGCAUUUCGACUGAACGUUGUAGAGGCUAAAGCGAUUAUCCUCGGACCAACGGACCUAUACGUAAAAAUGGGCAGCAUUGUGACGCUCACCUGCAUCAUUAGCCAGGGACCACAUGAUCUAGGGACAAUAUAUUGGUACAGAGGGUCAAAUCUCGUGCAGCCCGUCGAGUUGCAUCCCAACGAUCCUUCAUUAGCAUAUCCACAUCGAAUAUCGGUUGAGCUAAAGUGGACCGAGGCACUCACGUCACGGCUGAAAAUCCUCGACGCCAAGCUGUCCGACUCGGGGAACUACACGUGUCUGCCGACGUCAGCCGAAGGAACCAGCGUGAUGGUGCAUGUGAUAAAUGGAGAGCAUCCUGCGGCGAUGCAGCGCGGUUGUGCCACGACCGCUAACAAAGAUCAACACCGGAGUGUGCAGCUGCUGACGAUGACAAUGCUGCUGCUGGUGAUGCUAACGCUCGUCUGGCAUCGGACCGAUCUUGGCAGUACCACGGUACCCUCGACAGCAGCAAGACCCCGGGCGAUGGAUUUCCAACGACCACGGUCCACCUGCACCAUGCCCGGCAGCGCCAGGUCCUCGCAGGUGUCGCACGAGUGUAAGGUGAUAACGGACCAUCACGCCGUCGGCACAUUAUCAUCUUCGCCCUGCUACGCGUAAUGCAACGUUGUACGAUGUUCGGCAAAACCCAGGUGCGCAAUCUGCAACUCUUUGGGUGUGAGACGAUGUCAUACAAUUAUUGCUUCACACCAACUUACGAGCAGAAGCGGACAAGUUUCUUGCUGUGAAAAAAUCGGGCGUGUAAUGGAUGGGGCAAAUGUAUUUAAAAAAUUCAAUUCAACAGCAACACGAUUUAAAAACACCGAAAGAAACCAUUCACCGAUAAAAGAAGAAAAAUCAGAGCAAACAAAAAUCAAUUCUCAAAACAACCAACUACACCGAACGGAGUAUACAAAUGGGUCCUUUUGCGGUGCCAAUAGCAGAAGACAACGGGCUAUUCGUUUAGUUGCAAUAUGCGCCUGGUGUAAGGUGUGAAACGAAUAGUUUGUAAGAUUUAAAAAACGAACAACCAAACGCCUCCCCUUAAACCUUCUAUUUCCUUCUCCACUCCACUUCCUGACCCACUUUGUCUUAGCGAGUGCACCUGGAGGAUGAUUACCGUAACAGUAAGUGACACUCUCGUUUCGAUGCUCGCCCGGGAAGCAAGAGUUAGGUUUUAAACGAGUCACAUCGAAUGCUUUUACACACUGACUGAAAGCAAGGGAAGCGCAAUACUGGUGACACACGCUAGAAGGAGGUCAUCAUAAAUCAGCUUCAGGUGUGCUGGUGGCGUGUGUGAAAGCUUCAAAGAAGUUUUCGUACAAUUAGUGGGAAAUGUGCACGCCGCGAGGAAGGAAGCAGUUAAGUUCAGAUCAUUAGAACGUAGUUCAUCAGUUAAGCAAAACGAAACAUUGUUUGGGGGCCUGGAUACGAGAUUAGAAGCAGGAAGGCAUACAUACAUAAGUAACGUAAGUGUAGAUACAGAACUCACCAGCAGAGCGAACUCUGAGCUGGUGUGGUGUACAAUUAAGAAGCGUGACAGCCGAAGAGAACAAUUUUAUUUCCACGAAUCAACCGUAUCACUAUAAAACUUCAUUCCGCAGCUAGAAGGGUAGAACAUGAGUGAAAUUAUUUAAGAGAAAAAAGGAAAACGAAGACGAAAAAUCAAGCGUGUACAUUCGAAAUUUCACUAGGAUUGUGGAUAGUGGAUCAACUUUACGGAAUGGCGCAGUUAGCUUUCCUCUCCCUCCCACCCUUUCCCCUCAGUGACCCCCUUACCACUGAUAGAGCAAAUUUUUAAGGACAAAACCAGGAUCCGGGAGGUGGCGAGGGGUGGCGCGUAGCAGCCAUUAAAGCUAUUUAUUUGGGAAAUAAAAGUUGAGAUUAUCUCAAAACCAGACAAGACACACCACAACAACAACAACAAAACCAA